AUGACAUAGGUGUUUGCAUCUGGGCAGGGCUGUCAGAAGACCUGUGCCGUAGCAAACUUCUUCCUGUUGAUUCUGCCUGAAGUUCUUUGCUCGAACGAUUUCUUUUGCAAGAAUGCUGGUGAAUCCCAUUUGUGUGCUCACCCGUAGCUCUUUUGCAUCGAGCUGCAUUCCCUCUUGGUGACCUGUAUUGCAGCUUGUACCCUUCUAGUGCCUGGAGGCACAGUCGGAAGUAGAGACACGUCUUUCUUCGUGGCAGCAUGCCAUGGUGGGAAAGAAGAUGGUGAACUAGAUAAAUAUGCACCCAGGAUAGCAGACAGCAGUUGGAGUAUAGACAGGGCAGGUGACGGGGUGGGGGGGGGGAGGUGGUGGUGGUGGUGGUGUAUGUGGGUGUGUGAUUUCAGAAAGGGUAGCCAGGAAAACCUCACUAGCAGGGAGUAGGGGAUGAGACGCACGGCUCUGUGGAGUGUCCCAGGCAGUAGAAGCUGGAGGUACAAAGGCUGGUGGCUUCCCCAGCGAGGACAGAUAUGGGACAGAGCAUCUGAAGUUGAAGAUUAGGAGCUUAGGCAGGUCUGGCACAGACACUGUGCCUAGAGGCCUGAGGUGACAGGUGGGCUACAGUUAGGGUGGAGUUGAUUUCAGGAGAGGUGUGGCAGGAACCAAGGACUCCGUUCCUUUUGACUUUUAAUUUUUUUUUUUUAACUGAAGUUAAAAUAGACAUGAAAAUGAAGCAGGAAGUUCAGUAGGUUUUUGAGUUUGUUGUUGUGCAGCCUUCCUCAAGGGGCUUCCUGACCUGCAAUACUAAAACUCCAUGUCCACUGCCAAGCAAUCUUUAUUUUUAUUUAUUUAUUUAUUUAUUUAUUUAUUUAUUUAUUUAUUAAAAGCCCCUGAUUUUGCAACCACUUUUAUAUUUUACUUUUUGGUGCCUGCCCACCCUCCUUUCCUUCCUUUUGAAACAGGGACUCAUCAUAUAGCCUAGGGUACCUAGAACUCUCUAGAACUUGCCAUCAAACUUGCAAUCCUCAGGGCUAGGGUUAGGAUUAGAUUCUGGCACCCACGUAAUGCUAGGCAUUCUGAAAUGCCCUUAGCUCUAGCGCUGAGAGAUCUAAUAAUACCCUCUUCAAGCCUUCACAUGUGCACAGGUUUGCAUUACACACACACACACACACACACACACACUCAAAGUAAAUCUUUUUAAAAAUUUAUAAUUGUUAGUGCUAAGAAUGCUAUUUUGUAUGUGUUGUACAAAAUGAUAAAAGUAUGGUUAGGGCCAUGUACAAACUGUUGGAAAUUCUAUCCUAAUUUAAAAGAGAAUUCUUUGAACAAUGUGUGUGUGUGUGUGUGUGUGUGUGUGUGUGUGUGUGUGUGUGAAACUGAGAUCAUCAACUGAAACAGCAAUUUUUAAAAUGUAAUAUUUGAAUAUAUUUCAGAGAUGAACUAGUAUGAUCCAUGUUCAGCAAUGACCGGAAAGUUUAGAAGUCUUUGCUUUUUAGAGUUAAACAAUUACCUUUCUAUAAGAACAGAGAGCUUGCACAAUGGUAGGCAUAUGGGUGUAUAAAAUAGGUAUACAAAAUAAACCUACUGACAACAGGCCAUCAAUUACUUUGAAACAUUUCUUUGGUGUAUAUACAAAUCGUACAGUAAAAGCACUGGCGUUUGUAACUGACAGUCGUUUCAAAUGUAAGCUGAGAUGUCUUUCUGUAGCGUGCGGACACACACAGCACAGCCAUUGGUAUUCAGACCCUGGGCUGCAGUAAGUCCACGUGAUCCACCAUGGGUAUGUGCAAUUGGGAGCACUAGUGACACCUUCAAUUUUGAAUUACUAUUUUGUCAGUGUACAUUCAGAAACCUACUACCGAGUUUUCCCCUCCUCCAUGCAUCCAUUCAGUUAUACGAUCACACAUACGGUGGCACACACAGCUUAGGCAACUCUACUUUAUCCCUAGUUUUCUUUAAUCAUCUGCCACUAGACAUUUGGGUUGCUUCACCUUUUGAAUAUUCUGAACACUACUUCUGUGAACACAUGAAAGUGUGCCCUUGAGACCUGCCUUCUGUUUUGGGGGUGUUGAACAGUGGUGAUUCUGAAUGGCUAUGAUUGAGGUAACUCUUCAGCCAUACUGUUUGCUGCAGAUCUUCACUCCACACUGCUUGCUGCCAUCCAUUUUCUCCACAUUCUCUUGUGUGCCUUUGAUAGCAGCUACCAUAACUUGGAUUUAUGUUUCCCUCAGGAACACUGAUGCCUACUGGGCAUUUGUGUAUCUUCUUCAGGAAAUGUCUAUUUAAGUCCUCUGCUGAUUACAAACAUUUUUGUGUUCUUUAUGUAUAUGCAUGUUUAUGCGACUGCAUGCCAUGUCUGAGGUGGCUGUAGAUGGUAUCUCCCUUGAGCUGCUGUUGCAGGCCCUUGUGAGCACCCUGACAUUCAUGAUGGAAACUGAGCUCUCUCUCCAGCCCUCUUUGCUGAUAUUUUAAUCGAUGUUUUGUUGUUGAAUUGUAGUGGUUCCUUAUCAAUACCUAAACCCAGAAUGCUUAAGUUCUAUAUGCAAACUAAUGCAGGAUUUGUAUGUCCUGUCUACAGUACUCGAAGUGUCUGGAUUACAUUUAAUACCCAGUGCCGUUCAAAUACUUAGUAAAUAGUUGUCUUACUCAUACGAUAUUGCUUUGGGAAUGGUGAGAAGACUGCGUGUGUGCAGUACAGGUGAGACGCCUUUUUUCCUCCUGAGUAUCUUGUGAAUGCAUUUGUUUAAAUCAGCAGGCGUGGGACCCACAGGAUCUAAGUUGACUUUGCUUCGCCCUUACUCUGAUGCUUGAUUUGUGGGUGUCUCCCCCUGCCUCACAUGUGACCCCAUUGGUUCCUUCAGCUGCUGGCUUGGGAGCUGACUACAGGUGGCAUUGCUCACGUGGCUGUCUUUGCUGACCAGUAGACGUUUCUCUUGAUGCGGUGCCUGGCUCCUGUCCCCCUUUUUUGGUGGCUACCCCUUUCUCUUGGCCCACUGAGUGCCUCCUGGUUUGGUUCAGCCUGACGGGCCAGCUCUUAAGUCUGACCCAGCGCCUGAUCUCCCCACCUGGCUCUUCCUGCCUCAGUCCUCUCUUUAGGCCUUUCCUGAAGACUUAUACCCUGUUUUGCCCAUAGCGGACGGAGCUCAUACCUCACGCCCACAGUCUCUUCAUCUCCAUGGCUGCUGCUCUGUUCAGUGGGGAACUUUUCCCACUGUGUAAAAAUGUCUUGUCUUCUUAACAGCGGCAUCUAACCAGAAUGGGGGCCUAGAAUUCAAUUCAGGGGAUAAAUAUACUGCCAAGAAAGAAGAAAAAGUGUAAGACAGAAGACAAAGACAGAGGGGAGGUGUGGGGAGAGAAGAGAGGCAAGACUGACACAGGGCUUGCUUGUGUCAGGCUUCAGAGUGCCAGACUCUUUUGUGGAGCCUGUCUUCUCUGUCCAGGUCCUCUGUCCCUGGCUUCCUGGUACUAUAUUCAGAGUUCCCGGAUGAGGCCCAGUGCUGUGGCCUUUAUUUCUUGUUCUUUUUCUUCCCAUACUUUACAUAAUAAAGCUUCUAUUUUUCUUUUGGAGUCAGAAAACUGAAGAGACCGCCUUUAUUAAAGACUUUAAUAAAGAAGUCAGGAAGUAGCUUGGGGAGGAGCCUAGAGAGCUAAAGGGACAGGAUUGCUCCUCUCUGGGAAGUCUGUCGCUCCCUCAGCACAGUUGUGCAAAUGCAUUUUGAGUUUCAGGGCCUGGGAGACUUGUGAAGAGAACAAAGGGGCCUGGGAGUCCAGAGCUUCUGGGAAAGAGGUCCUUGUUUAUGCCUGUUGGAACUGAUUUGGUCAAGUGUUUGUUUAAAGGAGAUGCCACCAAGCUUUUUUGGUUUUUGUUCCAGAAGGCUUCUGAUUGGCUGGAGAGCUGCCCCUGUUUACUCAUAGCUGGCAGAGUGUGUGCCUGGGACCCGCAGUCUCAGCACUUCCACCCAGCAAACUUUUCACUGUGGCCCAACUAGGCAGCCAAACCCACACCAGUGCGCCCGCCCCUGCCCGCACCCGGUUGUCUGUUGCCUUUCUCCUGAUGAGUGCUAACGCUGGCUAGUUAGGUUUUGGGUUUUGCACAGAGAGGAUUAAAGGUGUGGAUAAAUCAUGCCAAGGAAGUUAAGCACCAGCAGUACUCCCCAGAAUUUUCAGAGUGGUUUCAGGCAGCACAACAAGAUCCUUAGUGUGGAUGGGAGCCAGCUGAAGUCGUACCUGUCCUUGGAAGUGCUGGAUCUGAGUUCCAACAACAUCACGGAAAUUCGGAGCUCCUGUUUCCCGAACGGCCUGCGUAUAAGGGAACUCAACUUGGCGAGCAACCGCAUCAGCAUCCUGGAGUCUGGAGCAUUUGAUGGUCUGUCGCGGUCACUGCUGACUCUCCGUCUGAGCAAAAACAGGAUCACCCAGCUUCCUGUGAAAGCGUUCAAGCUACCCAGGCUGACACAACUAGACCUGAAUCGGAAUCGGAUUCGGCUGAUUGAAGGCCUCACGUUCCAGGGGCUCGACAGCUUAGAGGUGCUGAGGCUUCAGAGGAACAACAUCAGCAGGCUGACGGACGGGGCCUUCUGGGGGCUGUCUAAGAUGCACGUGCUGCACCUGGAGUACAACAGUCUGGUGGAAGUGAACAGUGGCUCCCUCUAUGGCCUCACAGCCCUGCACCAGCUGCACCUCAGCAACAACUCCAUCUCUCGAAUUCAGCGUGAUGGCUGGAGCUUCUGCCAAAAGCUGCAUGAGUUGAUUCUGUCCUUCAACAACCUCACGCGGCUGGAUGAGGAGAGUCUAGCGGAGUUGAGCAGCCUCAGUAUCCUGCGCCUCAGUCACAACGCCAUCAGUCACAUUGCUGAAGGCGCCUUCAAGGGACUCAAGAGUCUGCGGGUCUUGGACCUGGACCAUAACGAGAUCUCGGGUACAAUCGAGGAUACCAGUGGUGCCUUUACGGGGCUUGACAACCUCAGCAAGCUGACUCUGUUUGGAAACAAGAUCAAAUCUGUGGCUAAGAGAGCCUUCUCGGGCCUGGAAAGCCUGGAACACCUGAACCUUGGAGAGAAUGCAAUCAGGUCUGUCCAGUUUGAUGCCUUUGCAAAGAUGAAGAACCUUAAAGAGCUCUACAUCAGCAGUGAGAGCUUCCUGUGUGACUGCCAGCUCAAGUGGCUGCCCCCAUGGCUAAUGGGUAGGAUGCUGCAGGCCUUUGUGACAGCCACCUGUGCCCAUCCAGAGUCGCUGAAGGGCCAGAGCAUUUUCUCAGUGCUGCCAGACAGCUUUGUGUGUGAUGACUUUCCAAAGCCACAGAUCAUCACCCAGCCUGAGACGACCAUGGCUGUGGUGGGCAAGGACAUCCGUUUCACAUGCUCCGCAGCCAGCAGCAGCAGCUCACCAAUGACCUUCGCCUGGAAGAAGGACAAUGAGGUCCUGGCCAAUGCAGACAUGGAGAACUUUGCCCACGUCCGUGCACAGGACGGCGAAGUGAUGGAGUAUACCACUAUCCUGCACCUCCGUCACGUCACCUUUGGGCACGAGGGCCGCUACCAGUGUAUCAUCACAAACCACUUUGGCUCCACAUACUCCCACAAAGCCAGGCUCACUGUGAAUGUGUUGCCAUCAUUCACUAAAAUACCCCAUGACAUUGCCAUCCGGACUGGCACCACAGCCCGCCUCGAGUGUGCUGCCACGGGCCACCCUAACCCUCAGAUUGCCUGGCAGAAGGAUGGAGGCACCGAUUUCCCGGCAGCUCGUGAGCGACGCAUGCAUGUUAUGCCAGACGAUGAUGUGUUCUUCAUCACUGAUGUGAAAAUAGACGACAUGGGGGUCUACAGCUGCACUGCCCAGAACUCGGCAGGCUCGGUUUCAGCCAACGCUACCCUCACAGUCUUAGAAACUCCAUCCUUGGCAGUGCCUCUGGAAGACCGUGUGGUAACUGUGGGAGAAACAGUGGCCUUCCAGUGCAAAGCAACCGGGAGCCCCACACCACGCAUCACCUGGCUUAAGGGAGGUCGCCCAUUGAGCCUCACAGAGCGCCACCAUUUCACUCCAGGCAACCAGCUGCUGGUUGUUCAGAAUGUGAUGAUAGACGAUGCAGGGCGGUAUACCUGUGAGAUGUCUAAUCCCCUGGGCACUGAGCGAGCACAUAGCCAGCUGAGCAUUUUACCUACCCCUGGCUGCCGGAAGGAUGGGACCACCGUAGGCAUCUUCACCAUUGCUGUGGUGUGCAGUAUUGUCCUGACCUCGCUGGUGUGGGUGUGCAUCAUCUACCAGACCAGGAAGAAGAGCGAGGAGUACAGCGUCACUAACACAGAUGAAACCAUUGUGCCUCCAGAUGUUCCAAGCUACCUCUCCUCUCAGGGAACCCUUUCUGACCGGCAGGAAACUGUGGUCAGGACUGAGGGUGGUCAUCAGGCCAAUGGGCACAUUGAAAGCAAUGGUGUGUGUCUGAGAGACCCGAGCCUCUUCCCAGAGGUCGACAUUCAUAGCACUACAUGCAGGCAGCCCAAGCUGUGUGUUGGAUACACUAGAGAGCCCUGGAAGGUGACGGAGAAAGCCGACAGGACAGCUGCCCCACAUACAACAGCACACAGUGGCUCUGCUGUAUGUAGUGACUGCAGUACUGACACAGCCUACCAUCCCCAGCCUGUGCCCAGAGACAGUGGGCAGCCAGGCACAGCGAGCAGCCAAGAGCUCAGGCAGCAUGACCGGGAAUAUUCUCCACACCAUCCUUACAGUGGGACUGCGGAUGGGUCUCAUACCCUCUCUGGGGGGUCCCUCUAUCCAAGCAACCAUGACAGAAUACUGCCAUCCUUGAAGAACAAGGCGGCGUCUGCAGAUGGGAACGGAGAUUCCUCUUGGACUUUAGCAAAGUUACAUGAAGCAGACUGCAUAGACCUAAAGCCUUCUCCUACGUUAGCUUCAGGCAGCCCAGAGCUCAUGGAAGACGCCAUAUCUACUGAAGCCCAGCACUUGCUUGUUUCCAAUGGCCACCUCCCCAAGGCCUGUGACUCCAGCCCUGAAUCUGUGCCACUGAAAGGGCAGAUCACUGGGAAACGGAGGGGACCACUGCUAUUGGCACCGAGAAGCUAGGCUUCAUCUACCUCAGCUCUUUUAAAGCAGUCGCUACAGGAAAGAGGUAGGAGAGGCCGUGGAAAGCUUGUGUCCAGACGUCACUCCGGACAGUCCGACUUCCGUGUGGAAUGUCAGUCAGUCGGCUAGAGGAGUGGCAUCUGGAGCUCAGAAACGUGAGAGACUAUUUGUGUACAAAAGGCAGGAAAAAGUAUUUGAUACCACUGUACAUAAGAGUUUUCAGAGAUUUCAUAUAUAUUAUAUAUCUUUUACAGAGACUAUUUUAAUCCUUAGCGCAUGGGUCCCGCUUUUGGUGAUAUUUUCACAUUAGGUUGCUGUCUAAUUUUGGAGAGGGUCAGGAAUCGUUCUGGUGCCUUAAUGCACAGCUGGAAUUCAGGUAAACACAUCAGCUGUUGCUGGCGGUUGGAAAGGAGGGCAUCUUGGCUGUGUGGCACUUAGUGGUCAGAUUCGAGUGCACUGGCCAGACCUAUGCAGGCGUGGUGUUGGCAGCCUCACUGUAGAGCAGGGUGCACGGGUCUGUAGUUGAGGACGAGAUUGAGAGCUGUUAAUCCACCAAAUGCAAUGGCUCAGAACAAUUAAGCACUGCCUUUCGUCUUUCUUUGUAACUCACUUGGUAAAAGCAAAUGUCUUGUCUCCUUCAGUGGUUCUUUGAAGCUUAGUGAGGCGGAGGCUGCCAGUGUUGGUACCUGUGGAUUUUCCAAUAGUGAGGGUUAGCUCUGCCUCCAGGGCCCGCUAAGUUCUGCUGAGCAGGCCUGUCCACGCUGUUCCUUACCGGUGAGACUGGGCUUGGACUGUACAAGACUUGAGUCCUAGACCUGGGUGUAUUUGCACUUUGGGGCCCUGUUGCUAGCCAUCUUGUGAGUGCCAAUGUAUAAUGCAGUAAAGACUACAUGGAAACACAAACUCAGUCCUUAAAACCCCAGGAGUUGAGGGGAAGUGUUGGCACAGUGAUGGCCUGUGUCACCGUGUAGUGUCAUAGGCCAUCACUGUGCCAGAGCAAGCACGCUGAGAAGGCUAGUCUCCAUAGUUGAUGGUUAAUGUUACUUCCACAAAAUAUGUGAAUUUGCUGCUUCUGAGAGGCAAUGUGAAAGAGGAAGUAUUACUUUUUAUGUACAGAGUUAUUUAUUUAUAGAAAUUUUGGUACAGUGUACAUUGAAAACAUGUAAAAUAUUGAAGUGUCUAACAAAUGGCAUAAAGUGUCUUUAAUAAAGGUUCAUUUAUAAAUACUAA